GAGGGGGGCGGCACUGCAGUGCUGCUGGGGGGCGGGCGGCGGAGCGCCGAGCAGAGGCCGAUGAAGACGCAACACGUGCCCGGGAGCUCCGCUGAGCUGCGACGCGCGGAGACAGAAGCCAAAGACCCACCGGCUGGCGCGCUAACCGGCGGCGCUGCCUGAGAGAGCGGCGGCGGCGGAGUCUACAAGCCGGCAGCGGGCAGCCAUUCCUCCUGCCUCCCGGACGCGGCUUGGCUGCUUGCGAGGUGAGCACCCCCUAGACGGCAGCCGAAGAUGGCCGAGAAGCUGGCGCCCCCGGGGGAGCUGUUCCUGCGCAAGGGCCGCGAGUCGGUCUCCUCCCUAGACCUGGACAGGCUGACCCCGGGCGGCGAGGCGGUUGGGGACGAGUCCUCAGACAGCGAAGGCGAGCAGGAGGGCGGCUCCCACCGGCUCAUCCGGAAAGUCUCUACUUCUGGCCAGAUGAGGACCAAGAAGAGCGUGAAGGAAGGGCUCCUCUUGAAGCAGACCAGCUCCUUCCAGAGGUGGAAAAGGAGGUACUUCAAGCUGCGAGGGCGGACGCUCUAUUACGCCAAGGACUCCAAGUCCCUGAUCUUUGAUGAAGUGGACCUCUCGGACGCCAGCGUAGCCGAAACCAGCACUAAGAAUAUUAACAACAGCUUUACGGUGAUCACACCAUUCCGAAAGCUCAUUCUGUGCGCAGAAAACCGGAAGGAGAUGGAAGACUGGAUUGGUGCCCUGAAAUCUGUCCAGAAAUGGGAAGUCAAUGAGGCCUCCCAGUUCAACAUGGAGCACUUCUCCGGCAUGCACAACUGGUACGCCUGCUCCCAUGCCAGGCCCACGUUCUGCAACGUCUGCCGGGAGGCGCUGUCUGGGGUCACUUCCCAUGGCCUCUCCUGCGAAGUCUGCAAAUUCAAAGCCCACAAGCGCUGUGCCGUGAGGGCCACCAACAGCUGCAAGUGGACCACGCUGGCCUCCAUCGGAAACGAGAUCCUCGAGGACGAAGACGGGGUGGCCAUGCCCCAUCAGUGGCUGGAGGGGAACUUGCCCGUCAGUGCCCGAUGCGCCGUCUGCGACAAGACCUGUGGGAGUGUGCGGAGACUGCAGGACUGGCGCUGCCUCUGGUGCAAGGCCAUCGUCCACAGUGCCUGCAAAGAGCAGCUGGGCAAGAAGUGUCCCCUGGGCCAGUACAAGGUCUCCAUCAUCCCCCCCACCGCCCUCAAUAGCAUCGACUCUGAUGGCUUCUGGAAGGCCACCUGCCCCUCUUCCUGCUCCAGCCCGCUGCUGGCCUUCAUCAACUCCAAGAGUGGGGACAACCAGGGCGUCAAGUUCCUGCGCAAGUUCAAGCAGUUCCUCAACCCUGCGCAAGUCUUUGACCUGAUGAAUGGGGGGCCACACCUCGGGCUGCGGCUCUUUCAGAAGUUCUCCACCUUUCGGAUCCUGGUGUGCGGGGGUGACGGCAGCGUGGGCUGGGUGCUGUCUGAAAUUGACUCGCUGGGAUUGCACAAGCAGUGCCAGCUUGGCGUCCUGCCCCUGGGCACUGGCAAUGACCUGGCCCGAGUGCUGGGCUGGGGCAGCCUCUGUGAUGACGACACGCAGCUGCUGCAGGUGCUGGAGAAGCUGGAGAGAGCCACCACCAAGAUGCUGGACAGGUGGAGUGUUCUGACCUACGAGGCCCCCAAGCGGUCUCCCCCGGCCAUCAAAGAAGAGGAGAACGAGGACCCAAACAUCCAGGUGCAGAUCUCCCACUAUGCUGACUCGGUAGCCUUCCACCUGGCGAAGAUCCUCGAGUCUGACAAACACUCCGUGGUGAUUUCUUCAGCCAAGUUCCUGUGUGGGACGGUGAAUGAUUUCGUGGCCGACGUCGGCAAGGCGUACCAGAGGGCGGCCGACAACAAGCAGGAGGCGGACACCAUGGCUCGGAAGUGUGCCAUGCUGAACGAGAAGCUGGACUCCCUGGUCCGUGAGCUGAACGAAGAGUCGCAGGCCAUCGUGGUCCCCGAAGGCAGCUCUCCCGCGGCCCUGCCCAGCCCCGAAGACCCAGAGGAGAGCAAGGAGGCCCCCUUCCACCCCAGCCCCGUGCCCAGGAUCUUCAAGUCCAAGGAGCAGCUCAUGUUGAGGGCCAACAGUCUGAAGAAGGCCCUCCGGCAGAUCAUCGAGCAGGCCGAGAAAGCUGUGGAUGAGCAGAACAAGCAGACGCAGGCCUACCGCAGCCUCUCCGUUGCCGGCAAAAAGGACAGUGGCGAGGACUUGGCCAAAGAGACAGAGACGCUGAAAUCCCGACGGGACACUGUCAUCUCCACCACUUCGUCCAUCAUCCUGGACAGACCUGACAGCUUCAGCACUGUCCACUUUGCAGAGGAUCCUGGAGCCAUACAAUUCUCCGAAAGAUGCGUCAUGAAUAAUUAUUUCGGCAUUGGCUUAGAUGCGAAGAUCUCUCUGGAAUUCAACAACAAACGGGAUGAGCAUCCCAAAAAGUGCAGCAGCCGCACCAAGAACAUGAUGUGGUAUGGCGUCCUGGGGACGAAGGAGUUACUCCAGAGGACCUACAAGAACUUGGAGCAGCGUGUUCAGCUGGAGUGUGACGGAGUGCCCAUCUCCCUGCCCAGCUUGCAGGGCAUCGCCGUGCUCAACAUCCCCAGCUAUGCAGGUGGCAUCAACUUCUGGGGAGGCACCAAGGAGGAUAACAACUUUGGGGCUCCUUCCUUUGACGACAAGAAGCUGGAGGUGGUGGCUGUCUUUGGCAGCAUCCAGAUGGCCGUGUCGCGGGUCAUCAAACUGCAGCAUCACCGCAUUGCCCAGUGCCGGAUGGUGAAGAUCACGAUUCGGGGAGACGAGGGAGUCCCAGUGCAGGUGGACGGGGAAGCCUGGAUCCAGCCUCCCGGCAUGAUCAAAAUCCAGCAUAAGAACCGUGCUCAGAUGCUGACCAGAGACAGGGCCUUUGAGAGCACCCUCAAGUCGUGGGAGGACAAGCAGAAGGGGGAGAGCUACCGGGCCACAUCCCGCCCCCGCCUCAGCUCCCAGCAGUCCAUGGAGUACCUGACAGAUGAGGAGUACGGCCAGAUGCAGCAGCUGGCUCAGGCCACAGAAACCCUCAUCAGCAGGAUCCGUGAGGCUGCCAAGACCCGCAGAGCCAUAGAGCAGGAGCUGGCCCAUGCUGUGAAUGGCAGUUCCCUGGCCCUGAGCGAGGCCCUGCCCAGCAGGAGCAGCAGCCCUGAGUUUCUGAGCAGAAGCACGGCUGUGGAAGUGUCAGUGAGCGUGAAGGCCCUCUACACAGAAACCCGGGCUUUCUUGGAAGGGAAACUGCAGUUGGACUCCCCCCAGCAAGAGGAAGUUCUCCGGCAUACCCUGAAUGCCGUCAGCCAAGAACUGCAGAAACUUGCCGAUAUCCACUGGAUGGCGCCCAUCAUCAACUCUGCUGAGGAGGGCAUCCACCAGGAGAUCUCUGGGAGUGGCAGCAAGGGCAGCCUGAAGCUGCGGAUCAACCUGGCGAAGCCCAAGAAGGAGAAGGAGAAGGAGAAACUCCAGAAACAGAAAUCCAGCGGCCUCACAGCAGUGGACAACUGGGGCCCUGAGGAGGUGGCCGCCUGGCUGGAGGCGCUUGAUUUAGGGGAGUACAGAGAGAUUUUUGCACGCCACGACAUCCAGGGCUCCGAGCUGAUCCUGCUGGAGAGAAGAGACUUGAAGGAUCUUGGGAUAUCAAAAGUGGGCCAUGUGAAGAGGAUUCUCCAGGGAAUUAAGGACACCACAAACCAGCUCCAGAGAAGUUCCUUUUGACCAAGAGGGAAAUAGAGCUGCGCCCUGGAAGCUCUUCGCCUCAGCUGCUGCUUUCCUGGACCAUCAGCAGUCUUGGGCUGUGCAACUUGUUCUGUCUGAUUCGACUGCAAAGUGUGGCCUUGAGCCAGAGCGCCUGGGAUCCUCGCGCAAGGACCAUUCCCCUCCCCUUCCCCUGCCUGCAUCUCAUGCAAAGAGUUUACAUUUCCAUGUUUGCCAAAGAUUGUGGCUUGGCUGGUUUUUGGUCUCCCCUCCCCUCUCUCUCUCCUGCCCACCCCAAAACCUCCCCUUCUGUCUCCCUGUGGCCGUUCUUGUGGUUUUGGCCCAUGUGCUUCAAUGGCUUUGCUCAAAGCAGUUUAUCUCCAUUCAUCCCCUUGAGGCCUGGGAGGGCCCAGCAGUGGAAUCUGCUGUGCCCCCCUCUCGUGGCUCCUGUGAUGCGGUUGUCUUCUGGGCCUGGCUCCGCUGCAGGCCAAGGGGCUAUUACCAAGAGGGAGAGGACGUUGACUAGUGGAACUGGGUGGGAGUAGUUCAGCAGGGAGGAGCGGAAGUUCGUAGAAACCUUUAGCCCACAGCCAAGCUCAGAUUCUCAGCUUGUUGAUUAAUCGACAAGCCUGAAAGUCUGUAGUCUGACCAGCCCCCGUGUAAGGUGUAAGAAAGAAACUUGGAGAGACUCCUGUGGCUUUAACAGCUGCAUGUUAGGCCAAAAUGCCAAUUUCCCUAGUAUCGCAUUUCUGCCUAUCAAACAGUUGUUUGAAGGUACAAUAAUUUGGGAGGGGUGCAUUACUGGGAGAAAAUGGGAGCUGAUGGCAGCCCCCUCUUUCUCCUCUGGAGCUGGCUUCAGUUUUUAUCCCUCACCAUGAUAGGUAUAGCCUCGGCCCAGGAGUGGCUUGUCCCAAAGAGGCACAGCUGCCUCUGCUUCCUGGAGCUGUUUGCUCCUCUCUCCCAUCCUGCUCCAGUAUUAAUGAGUGAUUUGCUGCCUGCAGGCCAGCUUGCAGGUUAAUGCUGGAGUGGGAGAGAGAGAGGAGCAAAUGGCUCCAGCAAGCAGAAGUGGCGGUGCCUCCUUCGGCGGCACCCCCCACCCCACCCCAUUCUGCCCCUCUUUUGUGUCUAUUGCUUUGGCUGGGCACAAAGUGGGUGAGCAGCAAGGUCUCUUGCACUUUAUUUUGUAUGUAGAAGAGUGUUCAGAUCGGGUUAGCCACAAGUGGUGGCAGAGAGGUGCGUACACUGGUUUAGCCACAGAGGUUUGGAUUAUCGGAAAGAGGUAAAGGGUCACUUUCUAUUAGGCCAAUUUUGAACCAGUAUAAACAUAUGCACACUUUAGAAAUCCACCCUUCCCUCGGCCAAGUGUCCGGUGACUCGGCUGUCUAGCUCUUCAUUAAGUAGUGAAUUUAAUUACAGGAAGCUGAGCUCCUGUGAGGCCCUCUGGGUUCCUCUUAAGCGGAGCGACAGCAAAGUACACACCUUUCAUGGCAGGGUUCUCAACCUUGAGCCCCAGCUCAUGUUGAAUUACGACUCCCACCAGCCGUGGCCACAGACUGGGGGUGAUGGGAGUUGUAGUCCAACGUCUAGGGAUCCAGGCUUGAAAACCCCAACUUUAAAGGGUGGGUCUCUGUCCUCUCCCAGAAAGCACUACCCUGGCCCCAAAGUGGUUUAUCCCGCCCCCCUCUGCUUGUGCUAAAUGGCCCCCUGCCUUCAGCCCUGUCCUGGGAAAAUGGGCGGGGAAGGGGGAGCCUUUUGCGCUGUGCAAGAACCCACUAGCCGCUCCUGCCGAAGGCUUGGGAGACACCCUCUGCACGAGGCAACCCAGCCCUUUCCCUCCUCUUAGCGUUGAGCUUACUGAGAAUGUAAAUAGUUUGGAGAGUAAGAGAAGCUAUUUAAAGAUUUAAUAUAUAAAUAUAUGUAUAAAUAUAAAGCUUAAUUUAUUUUUCACCUGUGUUGCGCAAUUGCACUUUGAAAUCCACCCACGUGGGCAACCUGCCCACCCCCACCCCACCCCCCAGCUGCCUUGCCCGGCCUGGCUCCGGGCUGCAGGGAAGAGCGCGGCCACCGUGGGAUUCCCCGUAGCAGGCCUGGGUUGAGCCUCCAGCCCCUCCUGGCUUGCCUUUCCCUCCAGCUGUUGUUGCUUGCCUGCCCCCCCAAGCUUGAUGUAUGGGGAACCAUCGCCUGCGUCACCACCCAGUCACGGCUGCACGAGAGGGGCUCAGGACCACGGCGUGACCAGCGCAGCCAUUUGGGGGUGCGGAAAAGGAGGCGGAUGCCAGCGCCUGGACUGCUGCUGCUGCAGCAACCGCAGCUUGUCCCCAGUGGCCCUGCAACCCCUGCCUGUCUCGGACAUCCCCACGCCUGCUUGCUGGUCCUUGUGGGCCUGGCCCCACCACCAGCUGCAAAAAACGCCCGGAGGAGCCUGUCCUGGAAGAGAGGAGACGCUCCCAUCGGGAAGCAAGACGCGUCCUUUGUGCCUGUGCGGGGCCAGCCCCCUCCCAGCUUGCGUUUGAAGCCCGAGAGCGAGACGGGGGGAAGAGGCAGGGGCCGGAAGUGGGCAUUGGCCUCUGUGCUUUGCCAGCGUCGCAUCCCCAAAGACCCGGCGCCUGUCGCAGCGGAAUCCGCUGAUUGAAACCGUCAUGGACUGGAAGCCGGCCAGUCGGAGCCAAGACGCCCUUGGGGCAGAGGGGACGAUGGGGUCACCCUUGCUGUAUCGUCCAUGCUGUUUGGGAGGUGGGCGCCCUAAUUGUCUCCAUGUGCUCGUGAGUGAUUUCUAUUGUGAAUAUGAGUACAAGGGAAACCUCUGGGAGUGGGGAAAGGGUGAAUGUGGGUACAGACAGCUCCUUUUCUCACGAUCCUGUGAGAGGGCUUGAGGGCAGGUUGCAGAAGCUUGCCGCAGAUGAUCCUGCGGCCACCGCGGCCCACAGAUCACACCUCCAGAUGUUCGGCGCGGGGGCCAGGAGGUGUCAUCCCAGCCCCUGGAAAUCCCACAAGGCGCUGCGUGAGUGUGUGGUGCUUUGUGGGGGAUCCCCCUGGUGCAAAUGGACCCCGGAGCUGUUUAGGGCACAAGUGCACCCUUAACCUCAGCUCACGAGGGUUUGCCACUGGCCGUUCUUACACACAGCCUAACCCAGGUUAGACUGCGCCUGAGAACAGCGUCCUGGUCUUGCCUGGCCUCCAUACAAGGGACUGCUGGCCUCCCCGGCUCAUGAAAGAGCCCCUCCCCGCAAGGCGGCCAGGACCUUCCCCUGGUUCAGCUCAUGCUCUGCCCCAGAGGACAAUCCAGUCGCAGCGCUGGUGCCUGGGGAUGGAGUGCCCCUAAAAUCCUGCCCCGUGUUUGCUUCAGCUAUCCCAAGCAGUCCUCUCCUUUAUGGGAAGGAGGCACAGAAGCAUGCUGCUAGCCCUCAUGAAGGUGAAGAGCCACUGGUAACCUCCAGGGCCAUUCCUCGGAGGGCAGCUUCUACUGCCUCUCCCUGGGUCCCUCCACUCUGUCUUAACUGCUUUGACUCUCCAGGAGCCCAACGAGACCCAGCUUGAUGAGGGCAAGCAAGGACGAGGCACUGAGGUCCUAAUCAAUGCACUGAGCGGCAGAUGCAAGACGUAGGGCAGGAGCCCAGGGGCCUACAACUUCCCUUUUAAGAGCUCUGGGGGCUGGGCUGGUUUCUGAUUCCAUAUUCAGCUUCCAUAUUCGGGCCCCAUGUUUAGCCUAGCCGGGACCCUGAGGCAGACAGAGUUUCAGGGACCCUCUUGCAGCCGAGGAAGGCACAGCUGCCCUCUCUGUGCCCACCUCCAGAGCUGCAAGGCAGGAAGGCCCCCCUCUUGCUGCCUCUCCCUGGAUGGCCACGAGUCAGAAGCCCAGGAAACCGCCUGUGGGGCAAGAGCGGGGGUGGGGGGGGGGGAAGAUGGUACUCCUACCAGUACAGAAGAGGUGGGGGUGGGAGAGUGAGGGAAGGAGACGGAGAGCCAUUGAACUGACAGGGUGGGUAGUUGUGACCCUGGAAGUCAUGGAGGGAUGCCAGCUUCUCCCCCGGAAACUCUGCCAGAAGAAACAUGUGUUUUUAAAAUCCAGAAAUCAGACAUGGUUACAAAAUAAAACCUCCAAGUGGAUUUGAUUUUUGUGA